AUGGCCCCUGGCAAUGCAUGUGACCGUGACCCGGACUGGCCGCCAGCUUUGAGAUACUCGAGGACUCAUAUGCAGCCGGAUGUGAGAAGCUUGUGCAUCGAGGCGUUCUUCAUGAUCCCAUUUGCUCUGGCAAUCGGACGACGCCCUGUCUACCUCUUCAGCACCGCGGCGCAGCUCGCCAUCUGCAUAUGGUCUGCAAAAAUGGAGACAGUUGCGGAUCUUAUGAUGGUUAAUAUUCUAAGUUGUUUCUUUGGUGUGCUUUCUGAAGUCAUUGUGCAGAUGACCGUCACAGAUAUCUAUUUCGUUCACCAACGUGGCUUAAUCAAUAGUAUCUACGUCUGGUUCAUGAACAGCGGUUCUAAUUUGGCGCCAUUGGCUGCGGGCUACAUUACAGUUGCCCAAGGGUGGCGCAUGGUCUGGUGGUGGAUGGCCAUAUUUUUUGGUAUCUGCUUUGUUGCUUUUAUCUUUUUCUACGAGGAAAGUUUAUACAAGGUACCCGUCGGGAUGAUCGAUGGUAUUUCGACAUCUGAGAGGAAGGUUGAGGCAUCAGAAACACAUGGCGCCACCAAAGAAAAUGAGAAAAUUGACAGGAUUGGCGAUUGUUUGGCACGAACCAGCUCCAACUGCGACAUCGCGUCACCACAGAUCGAUAUUUCUAUCCCUAAGAAAACAUACCUACAGCGUCUGGUGCCUUUCACAAGACCUCAAGGCACCCUGCAUCAUUUCUUCCGGCAUAGUUACCAGCCUUUCCUCAUUCUCUUUACGAUUCCGUCCGUCCUUUUCAUGGCUCUCAUAUACGGGGCUAUGACAGCAUGUUCAACAAUCAUGAUCACCACUCUGUCAUCAUACAGGGCCUUGCCGCGUUAUAGCUUCAAUUCAUCCCAGAUAGGCCUGAUGAGCCUCCCUCCGUUCAUUGGGACAAGUCUGGGGGCCCUUGUGACGGGCCCUCUGAGCGACUGGAUUAUCCUCUUUCUUGCAAGACGAAACCAAGGCAUCUACGAACCGGAGAUGCGUCUUUGGGCCAUUGCCGGCUUUAUUCCUCUUGUCCCGGCAGGAAUACUGAUGUUUGGCCUGGGCCUGAGCCGAGGCGCUCCUUGGCCAGUCUUGGCAGCAGGAUUUGCACUUUGUGCAUUUGGGAAUGCGCCCGCUAGCAGCGUGUCUUUGACUUAUAUUACCGAUGCUUAUGGAGAGAUCGUUGCCGACUCAUUGGCUGGGGUGAGUUUCGUCCGCAAUCUUUUCGCAACUGCUUUGGUGUUUUCCCUUUCGCUAUGGAUCGAGGGGGUUGGCCUGGCAAAUGUCUUUGUGACAAUUGCAGUUUUGAUGACUACCAUUCUACUUGGCACAUUUGGGUUUAUCACUUACGGUAAACGGCUACGGCAUGCAAUGGCAGGUCGCUACCAGUACUACGCCGAGAGACAGCUUGAUUUGAGACGUUGA